GCAUACGAUUGGACUUACGAAAAUGGCCGCCGGUAUGCUUCGACUGAACUGGGCCACUACUACAUGCCCAAUGACGAACCAGAAAUCCAACGACUCAACGAGCAGCAUUGGAUCUUGACGCAGGUCAAGGGGGGAAAGCUGCAUCACGCUCCUCUACCAAAGAGAGAUGGCCUAAAGAUACUCGACGUGGGCUGUGGGAGUGGGAUAUGGUGUCUUCAGAUCGCCGAAGACUACCCCAAAGCGAUGGUAUUCGGGAUGGAUGUCAGCCCAGUCCAGCCUCAGAAGAAGCCGGCGAAUGUGGAGUGGUUCACAAAUGAUAUGGAGAAGGAGUGGCCUUUUCCGGAUGAGUACUUUGAUUUCAUACAUCUCAGUCUAGUCCAUGGAUGCGUGGGAGACUGGGACGAGAUGCUGGCGAAGAUGGUGCGGCAUCUUGCACCGGGAGGAUUUCUCGAACACCAAGAGUUCUCUCUCUGCCGCCAGUACCUCAUGGACGAAGACGACAAGCCGCUCCCGAUGUCUGACGACAUCAGUGAGCUUCCACCUUUCUUCCAAUGGAACCGAUACAUGGACCAAGCGGCUCAGAAACGUGGUCGACCGCUCCAGCUCGGUCCACACCUACACACCUUUCAAGAACACGCCGGUCUACUCGAUGUCCACGAAAUCGUCUUCCCUCACAAAUGGGGUACAUGGCCGAAUGAUCCGACGGAGCGAGCGCUCGGUGCGAGGACAAUGCUGUCGGCUAUGUCUGGUAUGGAAGGAUUCACCACGAUCCUGUUCACCAAGGUUCUUGGUUGGUCGUUGGAGGAUACGCAGGCUUUCAUUCUGAAGGUUAAGCGGGAUAUGAGGGACGACAGUCUGAGAAAGGUCAUGGAUCUGCACGUUGUAUAUGGCAGGAAGGCUGGCUAUCCAAAUGAUGCUUCGCGGAAUGCCUCUCACAGCACUGGCAAGUCGCAGUAUGUACAGGUCGGCAUGGGCAUACUGCUGGGUGCUGCUAUUGCUUCGGUGGCUUCACUCUGGUUCAUGCGAAGGCGCAAAUCACUCAUUUGA